GGGAUGGGUGGUAAAACCGCAGGGGUCAAGGAAGUAGGCGAAUGGGAGUGCAUACGGGACAAUAGGGGUGAGAAAGAAGUAACCAAUUUAGAUCCUAGGUCCACAUGGGUGAUGAAGGGCAAAUAGGGAAAUCUAGCCCCAUCUCCCUCAAUGCCUCCUUGGGGCCCGAAAGAAGCGCUAUCCCAAACCGCUCUUGGCCAAGCUCCCCAGCGGCCCUUGAGAACUCGCGAUCGAGAGGAGACCUCCGAGCUGCCUAGACGGGACCCGGAAGUGCGCACGGGGGAGCCCGAGUUUCCAGUCGUGCCGGGGGACCGUGGUCGAUGCUGCUGCGGAGCGGUUGCGCCAUGACUGCCCGUCCGUUGUGCCGCGCUCUAAAGAAAAUUUAGAGGUCUUGUCUUUGGAGCAGCACCGGGGAUUGGAUCCAGCCCAUGGAGAAGCUGUCUGAGCAGAUAACCCCGGAGUCCCUGUACCCAUCCUCCCAGCAGGAGCCCCGAAAGAGCAAGGGAAUAAGAAAACUGACACCCAGGAAGGAGAAAUAACUUACCCAAGGUCACCCUCCUGGUAAUGGCAGAGCUGGAAUUCGAAUUCAGAUCUGCCCGGCUCCGGAUCGCUUCCACCUCCUUCAGCGCACCCACCGCGAACAGCUGCGGAGGCCAGGGACUGCGGAGCCGAGAGCCAGUUAUCAAGAGCCCGCAAGUUCCUGUCUUUUUUCAUCCCUGAAUCGCUGCCUCUGGCCUAAGCUGGGCAUGGGGCGUCCGGUGAUGAUGACUUUAGAGAACAAGGAUAUGAAGGGAUUCACGUGGGCCAUAGCCCCAGCCUUGACCUCCCUGGGCUACCUGCUCAUACUGCUGGUCUCCAUCUUUCCCUUCUGGGUUCGGCUUGUAAACGAGGAGUCCCACGAGGUGUUUUUCAGUGGCCUGUUUGAGAACUGCUUCCAUAGCAAGUGCUGGAAGCCUCGACCCUUAUCAGUGUACAUCAUUCUCGGCCGCGUUUUCCUGCUGUCUGCGGUUGUCCUGUCUUUCCUCACCACCUUCGUCCUGGUGUCCUUUGCGUCUCAGCUGUUUCCCAGGACCUGGAAGCACAAUCUGAUGUCAGCCUUCAUCAGCUUCCUCACAGGGGUCUGUGCCUUCCUGGCCUUGUUGCUGCAUGCCCUGGAGAUCCAGAAUCUGAGGAUGAAGCCCAGCCCCCCCCAGUUCUCCGUGCAGUGGCCUUACUACGUCCUUUGCUUUGCCAUCAUUCUGUUCAUAGUGGCUGGUGCCAUCUGCCUCUUCCAAGAAACAGCCUACCUUAGCUGCCAUUGGUUGCCCAGUUCCCGGAGGAGUAUCGAGGAGACCCAGGGCGUUCCCCACCUGGAGAAUCUGGAGAGUUUGGGAGGAGACCUGAGCUCCAUACAAAAGGAGACACUGCUGAAGGAAGAAACUGUUAUCUAGUCCAGGAGAGCGUCCUCCAGGGUCCUCCGCUGUAUGAACCUGCGGAGGCCUAAGGGGCAGCUGGUCUGUGUUGCUUCGCUUCCGAGGAGCUUCGUGACUCAGAUCAGUGCUCCCCUUCCCUGUACUCCCAGCUAUUCUGUCUUGCUUGUAUUUGCAAGUUAUUAAAAGUUUUUUGAAUUAG